AUGUGGAUUUUUAUGCAUAUUGCGCAAGUUUCAAUGUCAUUUUAAUGAAGCCAAGCAACGUUGUCAUCUUUCUAGAGCAUGAGGGUCGGGACUACGUCGAGGUUUUGUUCUCACACGAAAGCCCCACUGUGUGGCUUUAACUUACUUGUUGGAAGGUUUCUCGCAUAAGAUCAAAGGGAACAGUAUGUGUUUUUCCUAAAAUCGCGAGCAACCUGAGCCGCUGAUAAACGACCCAUUUGGUCUCCGGUUGAAAACUCGAGCCAUUGUCCACAUGAAGGAUUUACCUUUCUGGUGGUCUACUGGGCGCCGCACCCAUCUUCGUUUCCUAGUCUGAUCUUUGAUGUUCUAUCUUCUCUUUAUUUGUCUUCCUUUGUCUUCCCGGCAUCCUUGUUCCCACCAAAUCUCUGCAGACGAGAGAGAGGGAGAGAGACAAAGUUCCUCUCCCGUUCUUGAAAUCAGAGGUCUCCAAUCUUUUGUUUGAUUCAAUUAACUUUGUGCUAAAACUGAAUCAUAGCGUUCUUCCUUUUUUCCUUCUAUAUUGCGGUUUCGUGUUCUUGAUUUCAGGGAUUUCGUGAAGUUGGUAUCUCACAAUCAUGAGAUUUUUCUAGGUUCCAACCGUAUUUCAGGUGGAUUCGAGUCAGAAGUCGUCCGGUGUUCGAGGUCGAGAUGCUUACCAGGGCUUGGAGAUGGGCCCUAGGUCUAUUUUUCAUCAUCCUUGUGGCAACUAUUUGGAUUGCCGCCAGCUACAUCGUUCAAUCCGUUGUCGAUUCGGGCGUCUCUCCCUUUUUAAUCACGUACAUCUGCAAUUCCCUCUUCAUAAUCUACAUCCCCAUCAUCGAGAUAGGGCGUUACUUGGAGCGCUCAAUUGGAAAAUCAGGAUUUGGACAUGGCGAUGAGGAAAACCUCCACUCAUCAGAUUCAAAAGCUUCGGAGAAGACCAUUCUAUUGGAUAAGAAUUCUUCAAAUUCGGGGGUUCACGAUAAUUUGGCCAGAUUGUCAGAGUCCAGCAGCGAGAAGGAACUGCCGGACGAUGCGAUCGAGUCGUUGAUGGUCAAAGCUGAAGCCCAGGAACUUGACAAUGCGAUCGAGUUGAAACCACUCGUAAAACCUCGCCUGAAUCGCUGCGGGGUGGCAAAGAUCAGCCUCUUGAUUAGCCCAUUUUGGUUUCUGGCUCAGCUGACUUUUAACAUCUCUUUGAAGUAUACCACCGUCACUUCGAACACAAUCUUGAGCAGCGCUUCUAGUCUUUUUACUUUCUUGGUCGCUUUAGGAUUCUUAGGAGAGGUCUUUACAUGGGUGAAAUUGUUCAGUGUUCUUCUUUGCAUGGCUGGGACGGUGAUUGUUAGUUUAGGUGAUUCAGGCUCAGAGACUAGUGUUGCUACGAACCCGGUCCUUGGUGAUCUUCUCGCGCUUUUGUCCUCAGCGUUCUAUGCCAUUUAUAUCACCUUGAUACGGAAGAAGAUCCCGGACGAAGAUAAAGGAGAAUUUCAGGUCAGCAUGGCAGAGUUCCUUGGAUAUCUUGGGUUCUUCAAUCUCUUGAUUUUCUUUCCCGUAGCUCUUGUGUUGAAUUUCACUGGGUGGGAGCCCUUCCAUGAUCUCAGCCUGAAGCAGGUCGGCCUCAUUGUUGGAAAAGGUCUGCUGGAUAACGUGCUAAGUGACUAUUUAUGGGCAAAAGCCGUUCUUUUGACCACUACAACUGUUGCAACUGCUGGCCUCACCAUUCAGGUUCCAUUAGCAGCAGUAGUAGAUUCAUUAACAGGAAAUGCUCCUCAUCUUCUGGAUUAUAUUGGAGGAGGAGCUAUCAUGUUCGGAUUUGUUGGUAUCAAUCUUCCUUCCAACAUUUGUGGCACCUCCACUCCCACAGAACAAGAAAAUGCUGAAACUGGUAAUGCACAAGGCAUCGAUGUUAGUUAACAACCUCUGUUGCAUAAUAUAUUUUUCACCCAUUCUGCAUGGUCAUAUAUUUAUCAUGCAUUUAUCGCAUGUGAUCUUUGUUCUUUGAUUGCUAGACGGAUGCUGUCCAUUUAGUGAUGGCCAACGAACCCUGAUUUUCAGGGCAGGAGUAGGAUUCGGAAGUUUUAUGUAGCCUUAAAUUCUUAAUUGUAAAGAAUAAUUAUUUUUCAUUGGUCAAGGAAAGAUCGAGCAGGGGAAUGUAUACCAACAGAACGAAUAUGCAGAUCUUACCUUCAGCUUC